AGAGCUCGAUGGCAGGAUCCUGCGAGAUCAGCAACGUCUUCUCCAACUACAUCAGCGCCAUGUACCAGCCAGAUGAGGUGCAGCCCACCCUGGACGUGCUGGGACACCUUGGAGAUGACAGUACCCUGGGGUUGAGCCUCCCCACCAGCCAGCCUCUGGCACAGAGCACAGACAAGCCAGAGUGGUUCAGUGAGCUCCCAUACUUCUGGAGCAAGGUGCAAGUGCUGGAGUGGAUCAGCUACCACGUGGAGAAGAACAAGUACGAUGCCAGCUCCAUCGACUUCUCCUGCUGCAACAUGGACGGGCACGCGCUCUGCCGCUGCUCCCGCGACCAGAUGCGCCUCAUCUUCGGGCCCCUGGGGGACGAGCUCUACGACCGCCUGCACGAGAUCACCUCUGAUGAGCUGAACUGGAUUAUUGACCUGCUGGAAAAAGAGGAUGUGACUUCCCAACAGCCCUUCCUAGACUCCAGCCACCUGGAGCUGGGGAAUCCCUGUGCCAAGGAAUCCCUGGAGGACAUGAAGCCCACAACCCCUUUCCUGCCCACAGACAUCACCUGCUUCCCUGAUGCCAUGUCCCCAGGCAGCUCUGAUGUCUCAGGACCUGUGAUGUUGCACAGUCCCAACUCCCAGGACUCCGGUGGAAGUGACCUUGACCUCGACCCCAUGGAAGCAAAGCUCUUCUCUGACAAUGACUUUGCAGGGAGCAAGAAAGGGGACAGCAAACACGGCAAGCGGAAACGGGGCCGGCCCCGAAAGCUCAGCAAGGAGAGCAGAGACUGCCUGGAGAGCAGGAAGAGCAAGCACUCCCCAAGAGGUACCCACCUGUGGGAGUUCAUCCGGGACAUCCUGAUCCACCCCGAGCUGAACGAGGGGCUGAUGAAGUGGGAGGACCGGCGGGAGGGCGUCUUCAAGUUCCUGCGCUCGGAGGCGGUGGCGCAGCUCUGGGGCCAGAAGAAGAAGAACAGCAGCAUGACCUAUGAGAAGCUGAGCCGGGCCAUGCGGUAUUACUACAAGAGAGAGAUCCUGGAGAGGGUCGACGGCCGGCGGCUGGUCUACAAGUUCGGGAAGAACUCCAGCGGCUGGAAGGAGGAGGAGGUUCUCAGCAGGAAGGAUCUGUAGGAGUCUGGGAUGAGCUGGGGGCCGACAGGCCCCUCAGGGCCAGCCCUGAGACAGGCUUCCUGGCAGGGAGCUUUGCCUGCAGCUGUGCCUGGAGGCUGCUGCCCUGUGCAGGCUGUGGGACUCUGCCCCUUGCGUGGGCACUGAGGUGGUGCCUCGGCUCCGGUAGGUUUCUGCAAGCUGCUCUUUCCCUGGCUCGAUUUGCACCUCCAGUGGCAGCCACGGGGACUUUGGCUGCUUCCAAGCCUGGACAAACACAAACGGGAAGAGAAGUUCAAGUGGCAGCUGGCAGCACAGUGAGAGCCCAGCACGUCUCCUGUUGUCACCCACCUGGGCAGAGGGGCAGCACCACCCUGCCACCUCUGACCAGACAGACUUGUCCCAGCUGUGGGGUCCUCCCCCAUCACUGCUUGUGCCCUGCUGAAGGCAGCCCCAUCCUGUUCUCUCCAUGUGGGACGGGUGAGGCCCUCCCUGUGCAGCAGCUUCCCAGUGUGGCAGCUACUGGGAGAAGAUGGGAACAU